AUGGAUGAACGGGACCAGGCGACUGUGGUAGGCGGGACCACGUCGUUCACACGAGAAGAACAACCAGAAGAACGGAACAAGAAUGAAGUGACGCUGCUCGAAAUAAAAAGGAAAGUCCAAAACGAGAAGGAGGCACAGAAGGACGACCAUAAACAGAGAAAGUUCAAAAUAAUUAACUAUACAUCCAAGGAUAGUCUUGUAAGCAAAGUAGAGAAGGACUUCUUCCUUUACUUUUGUUUCUUAUGUGGUUAUAAUUGUUUAAUUAGCGAAACAGACGUAGCAGAUUUGCCAAGGAGGACGACGGACGGAUCGAUCAUAUUUCCCUUUAAAAAAAUUGUUCACAAAAAAUUUCAUAAAACGAAAAAGGAACAUAUACUUAUAAGAAGAAAGGAAGAUGCGUUGGAAGUUCAGUUCCGUAUUCUAUGCAAAGAGUGUGGAGUUCCUAUUGGCUAUGUCAACAGCCUAGACCAAGACAACGCGUUCAUUUAUUACUAUAGCUAUUCCUUUGUUCGGAGCCAGACAAAGUCGAGACUUUUUAAGGACAUCUCUCUGUGA